GGACAAAACACUAAACGGCGCCGUUACAUGUGUCUUCUUCUUCAGUAAAAAAAACUUGUGUUCUUCAAACUGCUGAAAGGUUUCAACUUUGAACAUAAGAACGAAACUUCCUCGCUCGUUCUCCUCUACUAGCAUCAUCUGAGAUCCAAAGGAUUUGAUUCUGCACCGACGUCCAUAUCACGGAAUCACGUUCAUGAACUUUUAUUAUUAUUCUAUCAAAUUCAAAUCACACUCGACCUUUCCUUCGUCUCUAGCAGAUCAGAGGAAGAAGAUAGAAACUUCAAAGUCGUUGUUGCUCUGAUUUGGUUUCUGCAACUUGCUCGAUUCUUCUUCUCUGACUGACCCUUGUCUGACUUCGAGGUUGCAUUAGCCUUGGUCCAUGUUUUGGUAGCACGAGAGGGUAUGAGUCAUUGUAAAGUGCCGGCUCUAAUCGAAGCACAAGAUCAUUCUUAUCUCUUGUCUGAGUUUAAUGUGGGAGGGUAAUGAUAAGAUGCUCUACUGUAACAGAUGGGGUCGGUUAAUGAACUUGAGCACAAGAGUCUAUUUAGAAAAGAAGAAGAAGAUGCCACGCAAGCUAAAGCAGCUUCUUUGAUGGAGCAAGGAUCACUUUCUCUGAGUUUCCCUGAACACGCAACCAAAUCGCCAAAGAACAGUGUUCUCAGGAGCAUUAAGAUCGUGAUUUUUUCUAACAAACUCAAUAUGUUGUUACCUUUCGGUCCUCUAGCAAUACUGGUCCACUACAUGAUAGAUAGUAAGGGGUGGGUGUUCUUGCUGAGCUUAAUAGGUAUUACACCGUUGGCUGAACGUCUAGGAUAUGCUACAGAGCAACUAGCUUUUUACACUGGCCCUACUGUUGGAGGACUCCUAAAUGCUACAUUCGGGAAUGUGACGGAACUGAUCAUAUCGAUCUUCGCUUUGAAAAAUGGAAUGAUACGUGUUGUUCAGCUGACUUUGCUAGGAUCCAUUCUUUCUAACAUGUUGCUUGUGCUAGGCUGUGCUUUCUUCUGCGGUGGUCUAGUGUUUUACCAGAAAGACCAAGUCUUUGACAAAGGAAUUGCAGUUGUGAACUCAGGAUUGCUUUUGAUGGCUGUAAUGGGGAUACUCUUCCCGGCUGUUCUUCACUACACUCACAGCGAGGUUCACGCCGGAUCAUCAGAGAUGGCCCUGUCAAGGUUCAGCAGCUGCAUAAUGCUUAUAGCAUAUGCCGCUUACCUCUUCUUCCAGUUAAAGAGCCAGUCCAAUUCUUAUAGCCCUCUUGAAGAGGAAACAAAUGAGAACGAAGAAACUUGUGGUGAAGAUGAAGAUCCUGAGAUCUCCAAGUGGGAAGCUAUCAUUUGGCUCUCGAUAUUGACUGCUUGGGUCUCCCUUCUCUCUGGCUAUCUUGUUGAUGCCAUUGAGGGUGCCUCGGUCUCUUGGAACAUACCAAUAGCUUUUAUCAGUGUCAUAUUGCUUCCUAUUGUUGGGAAUGCAGCUGAGCAUGCAGGCGCUAUCAUGUUUGCCAUGAAAGAUAAACUGGAUCUUUCCUUGGGAGUGGCUAUUGGUUCCUCUAUACAGAUCUCCAUGUUUGUGGUCCCGUUCUGUGUGGUGAUUGGAUGGAUGAUGGGUGAACAGAUGGACCUGAACUUCCAGCUUUUUGAGACAGCGAUGCUGUUCAUCACAGUUAUAGUAGUAGCGUUUUUUCUCCAGGAAGGGACAUCGAAUUACUUCAAAGGGUUGAUGCUCAUUCUUUGUUAUUUGAUAGUAGCUGCCAGUUUCUUUGUACACGAAGAUCCUCAUGAAGAUGCUCUAUAAAUCUCGUGGAAGAGAGUCUGGUGUGAGCUAAGGUAAAAGUUAUAUCUGUAAAAGAGUUCAUACGGAAGAUCAGUGUACAUUAGAGCAUCUCCAAAAAAGGAACUCUAUAUUUGAAGUUUAAAGGUGUUCUUCUCCAAAAGCAAAACUUCAAACUUAGCUUCAAAACUAUUUGUAUUUUAUAAUAUGGUCCUUAUAUUUGUCAUAACUAAUUUAAAUUCAUAAAACUUUUGUAAAUAA